AUGGAAUUUUUGACGAGUAUUCCUUGCCUCCAUCGUGAUCUCGCCGCCAGGAACGUGCUUGUCACAAAGGAUAACCUCAUCCGAAUAGCUGAUUUCGGGCUGGCGCGCAAGAGCAAUAAGGAAUACUACAGAAUCCAAAACAGCUUCGACGUGCCGCUGCCGGUGCGCUGGAUGAGCCCGGAGGCGAUGCAAAAUCUGUAUUUUUCGGAAGCGUCAGACGUCUGGUCGUACGGCAUUCUGCUCUACGAGCUCUUUACCCUGGGCGGUCUGCCCUACCCCGGAAUGCCGGACGACAAGGUGCCAGAACGGGUAACGAACGGCGAACGGAAUCCACGGCCUGUGUACUGUCACGAGGAGCUCUACCACCUAAUGCUCGAAUCCUGGAAAGAGACGCCUGAGGAACGGCCGAAGUUCACGAAUUGCGUCGAAGUCCUGGAAGACCAUCUGACACGUGCUUCACCUAAAAUGCUGUCCAGCCUAAAUUCGCUAUUGGCUAGGGAACGGAUGGUGAUCGAUUCAUACGCAGAAUGGAGG